CUCUUUAUGGGUAUACGGAGGUCUGCGUGCGUAUUCUUCCCUCUGAUGAUGGGAAUUUUACAUGCUAGUAGGCGUUGAGCCCGAGCCGUCGCUGUUCGACCAGACGUAAACACGGAUCGCGAAUGGUUCCUACCGGUCCUCGAAUUCCGCCUGGUCCUCGAGGAGCAGCGUUGAGGCGCGAGGGUCCAACCGCCAAAGAUUUCCUCAGCCAGCCUCCCAACAGACAGAACACCUCCUCUCCUACGAACUCUCACUCUAACCAACAAAUGGCCGACAGUUACCGCAGAGGUCGAUCGCCUGUGCGAGGUGCCUGGGAAAGGCCGUCAGAGUAUCGAUUCACCUCCGAUCGAAUCCACCCAGCGUCGCGGUCUUCUAGAUCACCAGAUCGAGACAGAGGUGGUGGUAGCAGGUAUUCAUCAAACCGUUUUGAUGACAGAGACAGACCCUAUGAGAAUUCUUACCGCCCAAUAUACGACUCACCACCGCCAAUACGAGGUGCCAACCUGCAAGAAACAAGAGGUAAAGUUUCACUGCGCUAUAACAUUUGCCUCACUUUAAGAAUUCUAUAUACUUGGAUUUCAAGCCCCGCUCAUUCAAUCACAGCUGUGCAAAAUACCUCUCCUGAUCUCAUGUGGCUGAUGUGGAAGUAGGCUCC